AUGAAACUGAACCUGGAGAAAUGCGCCUUUGGCGUCGGAUCUGGUAAGUUUUUGGGGUUCACGGUCAGCCACAGAGGUAUCGAGGCCAAUCUGGAGAAGAUCAAAGCCCUAAUCGAAAUGCAAUCCCCCCGAACGGUAAAGGAGGUCCAGCAGCUCACUGGCAGAGUCACAGCUCUCAACCGAUUCAUUUCCCGAGCUACUGACAAAUGUCUUCCAUUCUUCAAAGUUCUCCGGCAGGCUUUUGAAUGGAACACUAAGUCCGAAGAGGCCUUCAAACAACUAAAGCAGUACAUGACUAACCCCCCUCUCCUCUCUCAAUCAUUGCCGGGCGAGACCCUCUCCUUUUACUUAGCUGUCUCCAAUAUCGCGGUUAGUGCUGCCCUUAUCAGAGAAGACGGCUCCGUCCAGCGCUCAGUUUACUACAUCAACCGCGCACUUCGGGGGGCAAAACAAAACUACCCCUUGUUAGAAAAAAUGGCCCUCGCUUUAGUCAUUGCCUCUAGACGUCUCCGACCUUAUUUCCAAGCCCACUCCAUAGUGGUCCUCACUGACCAGCCUUUGAAAAAGGUCAUGCAACAACUAGAAUCGUCUAGCAAGCUCAUGCAAUGGUCCAUUGAACUAAGCCAGUAUGAAAUUUCUUAUCGACCUCGAACAACUAUCAAAGGCCAAGCUGUUGCCGAUUUUAUCUUGGAGUUCACCAAUCCCACUUCGAACGCACUUACCGUACCAGCACAUAUCACUGCUGAUACAAAAGACCUCAACUCCUGGACCCUUAGUGUUGAUAGUUUAUCCCGCAAAGAGGGUAGCGAAACCGGUUUAAUCCUCACCACCCCAGAAGGAGAAUACCUCAAGUGCGCCCUUCGGUUCCUAUUUACAGCAAGUAACAACCAGGUCGAGUACGAAGCCCUCAUAGCGGGUCUUCGACUGGCUAGAGACAUCGGAGUUGACCAUCUCCGUGUUUUUAGCGACUCUCGGUUGGCAGUCGGACAGAUAACAGACGAGUUUGAUGCGAAGGAGGAAGCCAUGCGCUCAUGCAGGGACAUUGCUUUUCCUCUGACCCGCCUCUUUAACAGUUUUCAUAUCCGACAUGUCCCCAGGUCACAGAACUCCCACGCAAAUGAAAUGGCACAAUUGGCCUCAGUAGAUCAAUCAGACCUCUGCCAUGGCGUCUGGGUUGAGUACCUGACCCAUCCAGCAAUUUCACCAAAUCAGCAAGUAAUCCAUCUACUCCAGAACGAACGUAUCCCGUGGGCCCAUGACAUUAUCACAUUCUUAGAACAGGGAAUACUACCUGCAGACAAACAGGAGGCCGCCAAAGUCAAGGCUCGGUCCUCAAAUUAUACCCUUGUCAACGACAUCUUAUAUAAGAGAGGAUUUUUACGGCUGUACCUUAGAUGCCUCAACAAUGAUUAUGCAACCUAUGUCAUGAGAGAAAUACACGAGGGAGUUUAUGGCAAUCACUCUGGAGGACGGUCUCUAGCUCAUAAAAUUCUCCGAACAGGUUACUUUUGGCCUACACUUAGUCAGGACGCCACUAAUUUUGUGAUGAAAUGCGACAAAUGCCAAUGCUUCACUAACAUCCCCCACAUCCCUCCAACGGAGUUGAUCACGGUCAGCAGCCCUUGUCUCUUCGCUAAAUGGGGAAUCGAUCUCGUGGGCCCCUUGCCAGCCGGUAGGGACCAAGUAAAAUUCGCCGUAGUCACCAUCGAUUAUUUCACUAAGUGGGUCAAAGUUGAACCUCUUGCCAAGAUUACUGAGCGGAAUACCACUAAGUUCAUCUGGCAGUCCAUUGUGUGUCGUUUCAGGGUUCUUCAAGCCAUUGUCUCUGACAAUGGCAAAUAG